AGAACUUUUGUGAAUUUUCAGCGAGAUGGCAAAAUUAAUAUUGUUGUGUGCGACUUUAAUCGCUUCUGCACGAUGCGCUGUAUUAAAUAUUGGAGAUGUUACUCAUCAGAGACUAGUGCGAUCCCCGUGUUACACUUGUGGACAACAAAGUAUUGUUCCACCUCCACCUCCUGUGGUACGAACUGAGAAUUGGAGUGGCUUAGCUAGAAGCGCUGAUGGUCUACAAAAUACAAUCUUCAGUGGUGCCGCUGCAGCUGCAGAUCAAGGAGCACAAACAACAGGUGAAGCCUUUUCAUUAGCAUCAUCGGCAGUGAAUGGCGUAGGGGCUGGUCUAUCCGGUGGGCAUACAAGUGGAUAUGGAUCUACUAGAUCAUCAAUUGAUGUUAAAACUGGAAUACAUACGGGAAACAGUGGUAGCGGUCAAUUGGAAAAAGGAGCUAAUACCUAUGGCGGACAGGUUGUAGGAAGUUACAGAGAAUCUAGUUCCUCCUACCACAAUGGAGGCUUUAAACAUGACGGUGGCGAAGAACUGCAACAAACUAGUAAUAAAGACGCUGGAUUUGGAUCUACUUCUUAUGCAGACCAGAGCGGAAACGAUGGAAAUAAAAACAUUGCUAGAUCAGAUUACUCGGGGUACGCUAAUAAAAAUUCAAAUGAAAAUCGUAAGGUUGAAGGAACUUACCAUUUCAACACACAACAAACCCAAGUUAGUGGGAUUGGUAUAGGAUCUGCAAAUGAUGGAAGAGUGGAUCGUAACUACGAGGUAAGCCGUAGUAAUUCUGCUAGCGACAACUUUGAAAAUCAAGGAGGUCAUUAUAUAUCAGACUACCAAAGAGGAUAUGGGUCAUUUUCAUCUUUACAAAGUGGAUCAUUUGGAGGGUAUGGUCAAAGUGGAUCAGAUAACUAUAGCAAUGGAAGAGGUUACGCUGGAUAUCAGCAGUCUAGGUCACAUGAGCUGCAAUAUGGUGGUCCAAGUUUGAGUUCUGGUAAUAUACAAAGGAGUUCAGAUGCAGGUCAGCAAUUACAAACCAGUGAAUUUGGAUCUUCUAGUCAUGGAAAAUAUGGUGUUGGAACUUUUCAUGAAUCAGAGACUUCUGGUCAAGGCCAAUCAGUUCAAAAAAGUAACACUGGACUACAAGCCGAUCUAACUGGAUCUGCUAGCAUUGAUGCCCAGUCGGCACUGAGUGGAGCUCUGAAUUUGGCUUCUCAGGGUCUGCAAACUGCGCAACAUACGGGAUGUUCUACUUGUGGAAAGAGUAGCUACGCCCUGAGUAACUCCAAAAGCCGUACUGGGUCAGCAGUGGCAGUAUCUAUUGGUGGUUAAAUUCUUUUGAAAAAAAGAUACCAUAUAAUAUAAUUGUUGUUAUUACGAUAUAUUUAAAUAAAUAGCCUUUUUU